UUUUUGUGGGAACCUCUGAAUGACCCCAAACCUAUGAACGGUAGUAUACUGUAUAUGGAAACCUGUCUACAAAUAUGUUGUGUGCAUUCAUGUGCAUGUUUGGAGUGAAACUCUCUGAACUCUGAAACAAUGUGCCUAUGAAUAGCUCCUGUGAGCAUUCUCACCUAGCCGGUUGUCGGGUGUGUGUGUGUCAGGUGUGUCUUUAUGAUGGAGGUUGAUGUCUGUAGGUGUGAUGAAAAGGGCAGGGCUAACCGAGCCUGUCUCUGAUCAGGUGGAGUGGAAGAGUGUCUGUAUGUACAUUUGUCUCUCCAUACCUGCCGGUGUGCUGAUGUAUGUCUAGCCUCUCUUUCCUGAGUCAGGCACUGAGGGCCGUUCAUCUAGGGAUCAUGUUCAGCCUCAUCAAACUACGGCGUGUCUUUACUGUCCACCAAGUGCCCAAAGCAUUUCACGAGGACAGUAUCAUCUCUGGAUAUCGGCACCCUCGUAGUUCUGCCACAGACUGUGUGUUGAGUCUAUUUCAGCUCACCAAUGAGACCCUCAAUGUCUGGACACACUUUCUACCAACAUGGUAUUUUCUAUGGAAGUUGAUGACAGUGUUGUUGAUGGAGAAUGCACUGUAUGAUGCAUAUACAUGGCCUCUGCUGGUCUUCUUGUUCUCCUGCUGUGUGUAUCCAUUGGCCUCCAGCUGCGCCCACACCUUCAGCACCAUGUCUACUUGUGCUCGCCAUAUCUGUUACUUCUUUGACUAUGGAGCGCUCAGCCUAUACAGCCUCGGUUCAGCAAUCAGCUACUCUGCAUAUGUUUUUCCUGAUGCAUGGGUGAACAGCACUUUUCAUGCAUACUACAUCCCUGUAGCUGUACUAAACACCAUCAUCUCAACCAGCCUGUCCUGCUACUCGAGGCUUGGCUUACCAUUCCUACACUAUAACCAUGACAUCGAUGAAAGAUUCUCUGAGAGACAGAGCCCACGGCUGAGUAAGGUGUUGCGAAUUCUUGCCUUUGCCUUCCCUUACCUGUUUGACAACAUUCCUCUUUUCUACAGGUUGUUUCUGUGUGUAGGUGAGGGUUGCACUGAUAACGAAGCAAACUCCAUUCAUGUUCACCAUACAUUGCUUGCUUAUCUUACCGCAUUCCUGUUUGCAACACACUUGCCUGAGAGACUGGCACCUGGACGCUUUGAUUACAUAGGCCACAGCCAUCAACUGUUUCACGUGUGUGCAAUAAUUGGGACACAUUUCCAGAUGAAGGCCAUCGAAGCUGAUAUGGUGCUGAGACGGUCACAGCUGCUGGUCACUGCUCCUCCUAUCACAUUUAAUAACACAGUUGGAUCAGCUCUGGUCUGUGUCUGCAUCAGUCUGGGGAUCAUAUGUCUUUAUAGUCUACCUCUGCUGUACGGCUCCUCAGAAACACACCCAACAUCGGCUAAAGGAAAGAAAUGCAAGCACUAAAAGCUCUGUGAGACAGGGGGUCUCUGAAAGAAUAAUUGCAGUCUUGCACAAGUUACUAAAGUUAUUAUGAAAAUAUAUAUAGGACAUUCUUACUGGAUAUUACAUUAUAAAAAUAUCCCCAAGAGGAGUUUGUAAGUUUACUGAAACUAUGAAACCUGAAAUUGCAAAGAGUAAUGAAUGUGUUACUACAUGAACUCUGCUUCUCAGGGAAGAUCAAAAAAAAGGCACUGAAUCUCAGGAAAAUGUAAGUCAGUGGGAAGGUGUGUCAAAGUGGUCAUUUAUGGUGAAUAGAAACACAUUUAUUAACUGAAUGACGCAUCGCAAUUAGGUUUACAGUAUCAAACCUGAUCAGGUAAAUGUGCAAUAAAUACAGAAACACCCUAAUUUACAUAACCGACAUACUUUAAUACAUAGACGCGAAAUGGUGAUCAUUCUGUCCAUCCAACAUUGUCCGUCAAUUUUGAUACACAUAUUAGAGUAUGCUUUUGGAAUUAACUAAUUCACUUGAAUAAAUCAGAUGCACUAGAAUGAACUACACUUUCCUGUGCUACCUACUGUAUGAGAGGACCAUUUGUGAUAAACCAAUGCACUAGAAUGAAUCUGACUUUUCUACAAUAGGAUUGAGAGGGUGAGAGUAUUUUCUUUUCAAUUUUCAGACAUUUGGUCAUAAUCUCAGGACAUAAAGAUACUUCACUCAAAAAUGAAAAUGUACUGUUACUUUACUCACCCCUAAGCCAUCCACCAGUUGGUGAACUUUUUUCUUCAGAUAGCCUAAAACUAUGGAUUGCAUGUAAUAAUUUUGUAAAUAAUGUUCAGUUUCUUCCACAAGCCUAUUGUUUUGCUUCGUAAGAUUAAGUAUUAAUUUUGUGUUGCCUGUAUAUGCUUUUUUUUUUUUUUUUUGACUCUCAAGUGAUGGUAGCCAUUGCAUUUUUUUUUUAAAUCACCAAGGACCAUGGUUUCAGCUAAAAAUCUUCUUUACUGUUCAACUGAAAAAAGAAAAAAAAAAAGUAAACUACAUCAUGGAUGGUCUAAGGUCGAAUAAAUCUACAGCAGAUUUUUGGGUGGUUUAUCUCUUUAACAUAUGUCCCGAGAUUGACCAAAUGUCUGCAAAUUACAGUGGAAACACACUCCACUAUUUCAUUCUCAUGUGCUGCUAUUUCUUUUAUGUACAGACAAACAACUCGACAAAUAGCACUGUGUAUAAAAUAUAUGCACAAUUACAUGUGUGCACAGUCUGUCACUGUCUACAUUGACAGCCUUUGUAUAUUCUACAUAUUUCUUUUUUGUAAAACUGUUAAAAUAUUUUCCUAACAUCAGGGCACACCUUGGUCAUGUAACCAAAAAUGAAACUAUUUAUUGUUUGCAGGUUUCUUUAUAAUAAAAUUAGUUUUUGUUCA